AUGAAAACGAACCCAGACGCAACACAGUUUUGGGACGAGGACAUCUUCCCUAAUUGCCUCGCUGACCUUACUUGCUAUGACAUUGAUGCGGAGCUGCGUACAAUGCUGAAGAGAUUCAUGAGAGCGACUGUAGCAAUAUGGUGCAACAUGAGACCAGAUCUUGUCUCCGAGCCUAUUGAGACUACACAAGUUGAUACUGCUCAUGCAUCCGGAGAACCCCUGUCCACACCGGCCGGAGAGUCCCGAUCCACUGUGUCUAGCCCCCUAGUCCCAGUAAGUCCCGUUGCUGUGGAUAGAAGCCCUGUGGAUAGAAGCCCAGUGGAUAGAAGCCCAGUGGAUAGAAGCCCAGUGGAUAGAAGCCCGAUGCAUAGCAGCCCGUCUCCCGGAUCAAAAAACAGUUUUGGAGACACGCAAUUGGCCAUUGACUUGUACGCGGAAAGUUGGAUGCAAGCGGCCGCCCGUUACAGCGAGACGCCGUUAAAAUUCUUUGCCAGCGAAGAGAAUCCGGAGCCAACAUUUUUGAACGAAGAUGGAAAGUACUUGGCGUUCUGGGACCCUCUGGAUGGCUCCUCGAUAAUGGAUGCCAACUGGUCAGUUGGAACCAUUUUAACGAUUUUAAGAAGUGGUUGGAAACUGGGUUCACCAGCACGGCCAUACGUUGAGGCCUCGCUGGUGGCGGUUCAUGGCCCUGUGCUGAACAUCUUACUAUGCCUUCGAGGUCCUUCUUCGGAACAGAGUCCGUUCGUACUUUCGAACUUUUGUUAUUUUAACGAUCGAUUCAUUCUGGACACACCUCAGGCAGGCAGUCCCCAAUCGGCCUGUUACAUGGCGGCGAUCGAGGACGCGGACCGUCCCAAGUACUUUGCUCCCGCAAACCUGAGAGCCGCCCAUGUCCUCCCCAAGUACCGCGCCAUUGUUGAUGAGUACAUCGACCGCGGCGCAACCCUCCGUUAUUCUGGGGGCCUUGUGCCUGAUAUUUACCACAUCCUGAUGAAGCGUAACGGCAUUUAUAUCAGCCCCAGUUGCACCGGCGCCCCGGCCAGGUUGCGGAUGCUGUUCGAACUGGUGGCGAUCGCCCAUGUCAUGGAGGCAGCACAAGGCAGUGCACACAGCAUCACUUUUGGCGCGGGAAUUUUGGAUGUGGAAAUCUGCAGCUACGAAGAUAAGACCGACCUGAUCGCGGGAUGCCCGUCGGCGGUCACAAGGCACUUGGCCGCACUCACGACAUAG